AUGAAUGUGAAAUUUGAUAUUACAAUUGUCAAUAUCAUUAUUGGUGCCUUCUACAGGGUCGAGAGAAACCAAGAGGCUAAGGAUUUGUUUGCUGCUAUUCCAGCCAAUGGCUUGGUUCCUAAUGUUGUUACCUACACCAUAAUGAUGACAAAUCUUAUAAAAGAGGGUUCAGUGGAAGAAGCUGACAAUCUUUUCUUAUCGAUGGAGAAGAGCGGCUGUACUGCCAACUCUUGCCUGUUAAAUCAUAUCAUCAGAAGGUUACUGGAAAAAGGAGAGAUAGUCAAGGCUGGAAAUUAUAUGUCUAAAGUUGAUGCAAAGAGCUACUCACUUGAAGCUAAAACUGUUUCACAGCUGAUCUCUCUGUUUUCAAGGAAAGGGAAAUAUAGAGAACACAUCAAAUUGCUCCCUACAAAGUAUCAGUUUCUGGAAGAAGCAGCCACAGUUGAAUAG